UAAUCGACUACGAGUCCUGAGUUGUUCCUUUUACCGCCUCCUCCUCCCCCUUCACCGUGUCGUAGGCAUAGCAGCGACGCCAACGCAGCUCACAUAACAGCACUCAGCCGCUCAGUUUCUCUUCUCCGAGACAGAUUUUGUCAAGCAGAUAAAGUUAUUCAGAAUGGCAGAGACAUUUAAGGAUUUGGGAGUAUGUGACCAAUUGGUCGAGGCUUGUGAAAAUUUGGGAUGGAAAAAUCCAUCCAAGAUACAGGCUGAAGUAAUUCCUCAUGCACUUCAUGGAAAAGACUUGAUUGGACUUGCAGAAACGGGUUCUGGUAAGACAGGAGCUUUUGCUCUUCCCAUUUUGCAAGCACUUUUAGAAUCUCGACAAGCAUUCUUCGCUUGUGUGCUGUCCCCUACGAGGGAGCUUGCAAUUCAGAUUGCUGAUCAAUUCGAAGCGUUAGGAUCUGGCUUUGGCAUCAAGUCUAUAGUGCUUGUUGGAGGGGGAGAGGCAGCCAUAAUGGACCAGUAUAUCAAACUUGCAAGGUGGCGGCCACACAUUGUUGUUGGAACACCCGGACAGCUUUUGUAUCAUCUUUCUAACACAAAAGGGUUUUCCCUUCGGACAUUGAAGUAUUUGGUUUUAGAUGAGGCCGAUAGCUUAUUGAACGACGAAUUUGAGAAGUCGAUCGAUGAAAUUUUAAAAAUUGUUCCUCGUGAGCGGAGAACGUAUUUAUUUUCCGCUACAAUGACCAGAAAGGUUAAGAAGCUCCGAAGGGUUUGCUUAAGAAAUCCUGUGAAGAUUGAAGUGGCAGAUAAAUAUUCGACUGUUGACACACUAGAGCAGCAUUUUUGCUUUAUGCCUAUUAUGUGCAAGGAUUGUUACCUUGUAUAUAUUUUGGAAAAGAAGUGUGGAAUUUCAUCAAUGGUUUUUACGCGUACUGGUAACGCAACACGUUUCAUUGCUUUGAUGCUUCGAAAUCUUGGACUCAGGGCCAUUUCAAUUAGUGGCAAAAUGGCCCAGCCAAAGAGACUUGAAGCCCUGAAUCAGUUUAAGGCGGGAGAGUGCAAUAUUCUUAUUUGUACUAAUGUAGCAAGUAGAGGACUUGACAUUCCAUCAGUUGAUAUGGUUAUCAAUUAUGAUAUCCCCUCAAACCCCAAGGAUUAUAUCCAUCGAGUGGGAAGAACUGCUCGUGCAGGACGACCAGGUGUCGCGAUCUCUUUGGUGACUGAUGAAAAUGAGCUGCGGACAUUUUUAGAGAUAGAGAAUCGUCUUGGCAUGAAGUUUCCAGAGCUUCCUUUUAAAAAGGAGAAAGUCUUGCUAUUGAAGGAGCGUGUUGAUGAGGCCAAAAAAAUAUCUCGAAGGACGAUCAAAGAAUCUGAGGACAAGUCGAAGAACCGGGAAAGAGAUGAUGUUGAGGAUGAGGAUGAUAUGGACGAAUUUUUGGGUGUCGAGAAUGGGAAGUCGAAGAAGAAGAUGAGAAAAUGAAUUUAAGAGUUCAUUUAUUGCCCCAACUCAUUCAAAUAGAUCCACAAAUUAUGAAUUCAACAAUCUCUUACCUUUUGUAUGAAUUAGUAUAAUGAAAUGUAGCAUUUAUAAAAACUCUCGGGACAAAAAAAUUUUGUUGCACGGCAAUUGAUAUCUUAUGUGUAGGUUAAAAUGUAAGGUUUUUAUUAUGUUGAAAAAAUAAAUUGUAUUUCAUAUU